GCUUGCCGCGGAAAGAGAGAGGCCGUCGAGGAGCUGCAGACGAAGUCGGGAGUCAAGGACAAGACGGCGCAGUACUGGAUCGAUGUUGUACUGGCGAGAGCGCAGCAAACGCAAAAGCGUCGGUUUUAUGGUGACGCGAAGGAGCGGGACGCGCGGAUGUCAGAUGCGCGGCGAUUGAAGGGGGAAGCACGGAAGAAGAUGAAGGAGACAAUUACUGACGAGAUACAGGAAGAGAUACAUGAUUGGCUUGUGCAACAGCCUCCGGACAGCUUCGCUGCGUUGCCUGAGAACUCUCCCUUGCGUGCGGAAGUACGACCCGGGGAUCACUACAACGUUCUUCUGGGUAUACCAGGGCUGAAUGUGCAUGAAGAUACACCCAUUGAGAUCCUUCAUACAUACCUUCUUGGCCACGACAAGUACCUUUGGCACUCAACAACUCGCGAGUGGGACAAGAAGCGCGAAGAGCUCUUUGCGCAAAGGCUGCAGUCAUCAUCGAUUGAUGGCCUGUCAAUCAUUUCUCUGCGCGCCGACUACAUGCUGCAGUACAAAAACUCACUCAUUGGCAAGCACUUCAAGGCGCUACAACAACUCGGCGUGUUCCAUCUUCAUGGAGGACUAUGUGAUCCCUUGAUCUUUGACCUCUGGAAGGCGACGGGAGAGCUUGGUGCGCUGAUAUGGGUGGGAGAAAUCAGUGACAUGGAUCAGUAUGUGGCUGACCUAGAAGUCCUGAUAGCCAAUGUCCUCGAUAUCUGGGCUAUCAUCGACCCCGGGCGCAUUAUCGUGAAGGCAAAGUGCCACCUACUCGAUCAUAUACUCGCGGAUGUGCGCAAAUUCGGCCCUGCGGUUCUCUACUCCACCGAAAUUUUCGAGUGCUGGAACUCAAUCUUCCGGUUCUGCAGCGUAUUGUCCAACCAUCAAGCACCGAGCAAGGACAUCGCGCACGCCUUGGCAGAUCUGGAAUGCUUCAAGCACAUCGUCAGCGGCGGUUGGUGGAAGGAUGCGGGCGGCAACCCUAUUCAAGCCAGCGCAUCGGUGCGCGAAUUCCUUCAGACCGCUCCGGCACUCCAGCGUUGCCUCGGUUGGGUUGACCCAAUGAUCCUACGGCAAGCCAUGCCGAGAUUUCGAGAGUCGGAUGUGCAGGAUGAUGAAAGUGGCGCGGUCAAAUUUGUGCGUCAGAAUGCCGGUGCUCGCAGCUUCUACGAGGAGAAGUCAGGUUGGAUCCGCUGCAAAUACCUGAUCUCGCAAUCACGGGAUGUCUGCAAGCGUGGGUCUUGGGUAUUCUACCGCACUCAGGCGGCGGCGGACGCAGCUGCCGUACGCGAGUUCACGGCUGCAACGUCAGAAGGUAGCGCGAGAGUGCUCGUCCGACGAUAUAUAAUAUCAGAUUGCAAUGAUAAACACUACAACAUGCCGGUUCUAACACCGGCAGACGACGCGGUAGAUGAAUUGCAGCCCAAGGAUGUACUCUACAUCUUCAAUGCUCAACAUGACUGCUGUACUGCUGGCUGCUCAGCCACCACCACUACGCCCGUCAUUCAGGAAGGCCGCGAGACGAAGCGAACGCGUAACGUCUGGACUCACGCGAAGACCGAGCGUUACAUCCUGAAUAUGCAUGCACUGCAUAAUGCAGCUCUCCUUCGGCAGACUCUUCCUCGAGACCUCACUGCACCCAAGUACUAUGUCGAGGAUCGUGUGGCCAAGCACCGCGAAAUCUCGGCCUCCCUCCGUAUCAGUGGUCCAGCGAAACGAGCGGAAGCUAAGGUCAAAGCCGCAGAGACCCGGGCUCGGAACAAGGCGGCGAAGUAG